CUUAAUAUUUAGUUUUAUUGAAACAGACAUUAGAGAGUUGACCUGACCUGCUCAACUCUGUUUCUAUAUUAUAAAGAGGCUCAGUGUUGUUGAUUCAACUGAAUAAUGUAAAAGCUCAAUUUGGUUUCAUAUAUACAGUAAACGACAAUGACGCAAAAUAGCAGAUACAGGAAGAGACCUAACAUACUUAUCACCGGAACUCCGGGAACAGGGAAGACAACUACGGCGGCUGUCCUGGCGGAGGUGACGGAGCUCCGCCACAUCAAUGUCGGCGACUUUGCUAAUGAGAAGAACUUGACCAAUGGCUGGGACGACACCUUCGAUUGCUACUACAUCAACGAAGACCUCCUAUGUGAUGAGCUUGAGAAUUUGAUGGAAGAAGGUGGAAACAUCGUUGAUCAUCACGGCUGUGACUUCUUUCCUGAGCGCUGGUUUGACCGAGUUUUGGUGCUUCAAACUGACAAUUCUAUCUUGUAUGAUCGGUUCACUAUGAGAGGUUACUCAGAUCAAAAGCUUGCUAGUAAUACUGAAUGUGAAAUGUUUCAAGUUUUGCUGGAGGAGGCAAAAGAGAACUAUCCAGAGGAUAUUGUGGUAAUACUAAGAAGUGAUUCUCUUGAAGAUAUUACCAAAAAUGUAGAGAAACUGACCUGUUGGAUUAGUAAUUGGAGCCCUGUCUUAUGAUUAAAGUAUAAGGAGAGAUGUACUUUCUUGGAACUAAAACUAUAGAGAAGGUCAAGAUUACUUUACGUUCAUAUAAUAGAUGUUAAAUCCCCUUGGCUUCUUCAGGAGAUGGUUGUUCCAAUAUUGCCCCUCAAGUUAGGCUAAUGUCUUACUAAGCCUAACUUGAACAUAUUGUGGCUGAAAGCAGGCUUGACCAAUACUUUUGUGAGACUAUCAGCUAAUUGUUAUCAGCAGCAUGGACAUAAAUAUAACACAAACAUUGUUCGAUUGGACGUGCUUGCGCACAAAAGGGAAGUCCACCCCAAUAUGUUUCAUACAGACUGUAAAAGGGACACCAGUGUUAUCAAAGAAAAUGGUUGGUACCUUGUGGAAACAUGUUUUUCGGGUUGAAAUUGGGGGUAGGGGAAGGGGAUUUGGAGGGGAUUACAAUGUGGAGAAAAUUCAGGUUGCCAACAAACUGAACUAUUAACAUUCCCCAGCAUGUUGGAUGUUACAAUCUAAUCUCAAUAUUUAUGAAGAUCUACUUUUUGUUAAGUUUAUUUAUAGACUUAACUUUUAAAAA